AUGCUGGGGGACUCAGCAGUGUUGGGAACAGGAGGAGGAGGGUCUGGAGAUGCAGUGGUGGGAGGAGGUGGUGGGGCUGCAUCAGGAGGAGCUCAUGACGGUGCUGCUGACGUGGCAGGCGGUGGUAGCGGCGGGGGAGGAUCAAAUUCAGGGGAUGAUGAGAGGGGGAGAGUGGAGGAAGGUGACAGGAGCUUUGGUGGGAACAGGUGGCCGAGGCAAGAGACUCUGGCUUUGUUGAAGAUACGGUCGGAUAUGGACGUGGCUUUUAGAGAUGCAAGUGUGAAGGGUCCCUUGUGGGAAGAGGUUUCUAGGAAGCUGGCAGAGCUUGGCUACCACAGAAAUGCCAAGAAGUGCAAAGAGAAGUUCGAGAACGUUUACAAGUACCAUAAGAGAACCAAAGAAGGGCGAAGUGGGAAAUCCGAAGGCAAGACUUAUCGUUUCUUUGAUCAAUUACAAGCCCUUGACAAAAACCCUGCAAUCCAUGGCAUCCAAUCCCCAACACCACCUUCAAAGCCACCACCAGUAACAACUACAGCACUACCAGCAACACCAGUGUCAAUAGUGGUAACAACAACACCCUCUUCCAUAAUGUCUCUUCCCCCAACCACAACAGUGCCAUUGCUGCCAGUGUCUAAUAACACCACUGUUCCAUCAACAACUACACUCCCUAUGCCUCAAGGCAUUCUCGCCAUCACAACCUCUUCCUACCCACCAUCAAACCCUACAACAUACUUCCCAGCACAAACUCCAAACCCUACAAGCAACAACAGCAAAAACCCUCAGAACACCAUCACCCCACCUUCCUUCCCCAACAUUCCAACCGAUCUUUUGUCGAAUUCCAGCUCUUCAUCGACUUCCUCCGAGGAAACAACAACGGAGGGAGGGGGAGCAAGGCGCAAGAGGAAGAGGAAGUGGAAGGACUUCUUUGAGAGACUCAUGAAGGAGGUGAUAGAGAAGCAGGAGGAGCUGCAAAGGAGGUUCUUGGAGGCCAUAGAGAAGAGAGAACAAGAGCGUGUGGUGAGAGAAGAAGCGUGGAGAAUGCAAGAGAUGCAAAGGAUCAACAGGGAAAGGGAGAUUCUAGCACAAGAGAGGUCCAUUGCUGCGGCAAAAGAUGCUGCUGUUAUGGCAUUUUUGCAAAAGAUGGCCGAACAUCAACAACAAGAAAAUAAUCUUCAGCCAGCAUUGAAUACCAACAACAACAACAGCAUCACUAUUGCUCCACAGCAACCGGUGCCACAAGCAACCACAACACCAACGCCAACACCGCAACAAAGACAAACAACAACUGUUCCUGAGGUCCCACCAGUGCAGUCCUUGGCCCCACAACCGCAACCACAGCAGCAUCAUCAGGUGCAACAACAACAACAACUAGUGAUGACUAAUGUGGAAAUCAAUAAAGCUGAUAAUAACAGUGAGAGUUUGAUGCUGGGAGCGAGUUCCUCACGGUGGCCAAAAGUGGAAGUACAAGCACUGAUAGAUCUGAGAACAAACCUCGAAACAAAGUACCAGGAAAAUGGACCAAAAGGGCCACUAUGGGAGGAGAUCUCAGCCUUGAUGAGGAAAAUGGGAUACAACCGGAAUGCCAAAAGGUGCAAAGAGAAGUGGGAGAACAUCAACAAGUACUUCAAGAAGGUCAAGGAAAGCAACAAGAAGAGGCCCGAAGAUUCCAAGACAUGUCCCUAUUUUCACCAAUUGGAGGCUCUAUACAAGGAGAAGAACAAGGUGGAGGGCCAAAUGAAGCCGGAGAGCACGAUGGCGCCGCUCAUGGUGCAGCCGGAGCAACAGUGGCCUCCUCAGCAAGUGAUGCCGCCAGAAGUAACCAUGGAAGACGCCCAGAAUGACCCCAUGGACCGGCAGCGCCACGAGGACGCGGAGGAGGACGACGAGGACAAGGAAAUUGGAGAUGAAGACGAUGAUGAAGACGAUGAAGGUGGUAAUUAUGAGAUAGUAGCAAGCAAGCCAGCUUCAGCUUCAGCCGGUGAUGCUUCUGCUGAGUGA